UAUGAUGUCGCUGAAUUUGUUAAAAAUCUGCGCUUUGCUGAUGAUUUCGUUAGCAAGUUUUCAACACAGUGCUGGCCAACAAACCGUUUGCGGUCCUGCGUUAGAUUCUGUACUCGAUACCAUUUGCGAAAAUGGUUUCAACACAAAAUUCAAGAAGUCUAUGGAGUGGGAUCACCAUGGCAAUAAUGAGCUGGAAGAUGAGCUGCCCUUCCGCUUUGCUGCUUCACCUUUCUUAGCUAAUUUUCAUGGUGGCCAAGUCGACACAUUAGCUAAGACCCGUCGUCGCCGUGAGGGUGUAUAUGACGAAUGUUGCCGCAAGUCUUGUAAAUACAGCGAGUUAUUCUCAUACUGCAAAUAA